GUUUAGCCAAUACUGCAAAUGAGAGAUUCAACUCGAGAAAGGCGUGGCUCAUUGUCAUCACCGACUCUCUCGCCGAGUCUGUCUCGCUGUCAACCAACCAAACAAAGCUCUAUGAUGUUGCUCUCCGGUAGACUUUGAACCGGGGUGGCGUUGCCUGCGCGGAAAUGCCACCGCCCCUGUGUGUUUGACAACGGACCUGUCAGCGGAGGCAGUAACAACAGGCUACGAUGGUUCCCGUUACAGCGGGAGAGGGCGGCAUAUUAGAGGCUGUGCAGCGGAGUAAUCUCGAACAGUGCGAGCAUUUCAUCCAGCUCGAUCGCUCUGUUCUCAAACAGAAAGGCUGGGGUGGCUUCACAGCGCUCCACUUUGCUGCUCUCCAUGGGAACCGUGCUGUGGGAGAUCUUCUGCUGGACAGCGGGGCUGACCCCAACCUGCCCUGCGACUCUGGACAGACACCUUUCCACUUCGCCUGCAGGCAUGGCAACGUACACACCAUGCACAAGAUGCUGCAGCACGGAGCUGACCUUCACAUCCGGGACCAGCAGGGCAAGAGCGCAAUGCACCAUGCCGCCUGCGGGGGGAACCUUAUUUCCAUUCAGUAUCUAGCGGAGAGCGGAAUGCUCCAGUUCUCUGACACUGACCAGUUCCUGCUGACGCCACUACACCUGGCCGCCACCAUCGGCAACGUGAACGUGGUGCGCUACCUGCUCCGGAACAACCGGUGUGCAGCGGAGGCAGUGGACCAGCAGGGGGCGACAGCGCUCCAUGCGGCAGCUGAGCGCGGGUGUUUGGAGGUGUGUUGGGUUCUCCUGCAGAACGGCAGCCUGAGCCUCUUACACACUAAAACACAUGAUGGACACACACCGCUCGACCUCUCCAACCGUGGCAACACCUACAGUGGUGUCUGGGCAGGCCAGAUGGACAACAGGAUCAACAACUCCGGUGUGGCAUCAGCAGCUGAGCAAGCUCCUGUCCAAGUACGUCAACAAACCGGCCGACUACAAGCCCUCAAUCUCCUAUGGUUUCCUAACCCGGUGUAUCUGGGAACCCUCUCAGCUGGGAUUCUACACUCUCUCAUCUGCCUCUUCUACAAGAUCCUCCCCAGUGUGUGUCCGUCGGGGCUGGUCCUGCACGGGUGUGUGCUGCACUGCUCUGUGCUGCUGCUCCUGUAUGGGGCCUUGCUGUGGAGGGACCCGGGCCGCAUGAGCGUCUCCCAUGGCGACCCCAGAUACACCUCCAUCGCCGACCUGCUGCAGCAUCAGCAGAGCCCACAGCGCUUCUGCACCACCUGUGAGCUGUUUCAGGUGGACACUAGUAAGCACUGCCGUCUGUGUGAUGUGUGUGUCCUGAACUAUGACCACCACUGCCUCUUCCUCAACCGCUGCGUCGGCCGGGGCAACCACCGCCUCUUCCUGCUCUUCCUGAUUGCCAUGGCGAUGAGCCACAUCCUCUUUGUCACAGUGGGCGGGCUCUACUUGAAGCCACGCCUCUGGGCGGGACCUGUCACCACGGUGAUCGGGCGGGAAGCCUGGGUGGUGGUGCUGUGCGUCCUCAACGCGCUCACGUUGCUAUGGGAGAUGUGGUUGCUGAGCGAACAGUUCCAGAUGGUUGCCAUGGGAACGACCACGUAUUUCCGGCGUGUUCCGGCGGUCGCGCUGAGCCGGACGGAGAGAUGGAGGAACGUCCUGCUCUUUCUCCUCGAGGGCCGCAGCCCCAGACCUGGGAGGGCAAGCACACACACGGUUUAAGGAUUUCACGUGUGUGUGUGUGUGCGUGUGUGUGUUUUUGUGUCUGUGUCUGUGUCUGUGCAUGUGUGUGUUUUUGUGUCUGUGUCUGUGUCUGUGCGUGUGUGUGUUUUUGUGUCUGUGUCUGUGUCUGUGUCUGUCUGUCUCUGUGUGUGUGUGUGUGUGUGUCUGUGUGUGUGCGUGUGUGUAUGUGUAUGUGUGAGAAUGUGUAUGUUACUGUUAACAUUCAAUCAACUUAAUGUUAAUAUAGUUCCUAAACUCAGGCCUCCCUUAGAGAUUGACCACUUAUACCAAUAUACUACUGUUUAAAAGUGUUUAGUUCAACACAUGACUGCUCAAUGCUGUAUUAGUGUGUCUUAAAGGAACAGUUCACUUGUGAUCUCUGCUGUGGGAGUGUGUGUGUGAGAGAGAGAGUGUGUGCGUGAGUGUGUGUGUGUGUGUGACAUUUCAGGUGUGUUUAUUGUGACUGAAUCUUUUAUUUAAGUGUUUAGUUCAACACAUGACUGCUCAAUGCUGUAUUAGUGUGUCUUAAAGGAACAGUUCACUUGUGAUCUCUGCUGUGGGAGUGUGUGUGUGUGAGAGAGAGUGUGUGUGUGUGAGAGAGAGUGUGUGUGUGUGUGUGUGUGUGUGUUUGUGAGACAUUUGGUACAGACACAGGUGUGUUUAUUGUGACUGAAUCUUUUAUUUAUCGUAUUUAACACCCCCAAUUAUCACCACUUUUGUUCAGAAAUUCUAAAACAACAAUGUUUUCUAACACUUCAAAAUAACAUUUGCUAAAUUAACCUUACAUUUUU